AAGUUGUUUGUAUCAAGAUGUCUGCAACUGCUGGAUUGGGAGCGCUUUUCGCGAAGAAGAAAAAGAAGGUAAAGUCGUUGAAUAUGACGGCUAAGAUGAAGGAAGAGGCCAAAGUAGAGGAGGCUCAAGAAGAGACCUCCGAAGAGCAUGGUCUCGAGGACCAUUUCACGGCUAUCGUAAGCGGUGCUGAGCCCCUGGUGAAAACUGAGACUAAGGUUGUCAAGACUGAUUUCAUAGCACAGCAGGAAGAGAAGGGAAAGGAUGAACCAGAGCUGGAUGAACAGCCUGAGGCUGUUGACUCUAGUGAGGUGACGAAGAAGGGUUGGGGUAAGACGCCUGCUGAUGUGGCUGCUGAGGUGGAGGAAGAGGAGAAGAGACAUGAGAUAGAGGAGACGGAGAAGCUUGCCGCGAAGAAGGCGGAAGAGGCUGCUAAACCUAAUGUUUAUGUACCGGCCUACUUGCUCAAGAUGCGCGAACAGAAGAAGGCAGCAGAGCAGAAGGAACGUAUCAGAGACCAAGGCUUGACGCCAGCUCAGAUGGUGGAGAUAGAGAGGAAGAAGAAGUUGGCUCAACAGGAGACUACGGAAAAGGCUAAGAAACUGGCUACUGCAGCGACUGCAAGUGCAGCAAAUGAGGAGAAGAAGAGGCAGGAGCGUGAAGAGGCUCAGCGUCGCAAGGCUGAGUUGAAAGAACAAGUCAAGAAGGCUAUGGCCGCUGAGGAGUCGUCCAAGCAAAUUACUCCCCAAUCUAAUGCUAGUAAGGUUGAGGGCAGUGCUUCUUACGACCAGCUUGUUGGCAAAUACCAGUGCCGAGAGCGAAGACCUGUGCGACCCCAUGCUGAGUUGGAUCCCUGUUUCCUACCUCCUCUGCAGAGUGUGGCGUAAGCGUCUCUAUCGCAGUUCCUGUACAGUCCAUUGAUACACCGUGCUACUGUUGCUUAU